AUGGACGACCAUGGACGGCCAGCGCUAACGGCCCACGAAGAGCUCAUGCGGCUGACCCAGCAUGGCGGAAUGGAGCCCAUGUAUGCCAGUGGCUUUGCCGAGUCUGAGCUUCUGGCCCACAACAUGUAUGGCGGCUCUGCUGACGGACCAGGCAGUUAUGCCGCUCACGACGACGACGACAACGGCUUGAGCAGCGACCUGCAGCCCCGCACGCCAGAGCAUGUGCAUGCGCACGCAGGAAGCAUCCUUCAUGGCCAUUAUAGUGACGCUUUCAUGAGCCUGGGCGAGCCGAGCGAGGGCUUCCCGGCGACAUUGCACGGACGGCGCAUUCGCAUUGAUGACCACUCCUCAGGAGUCGAUUGGAACAAGAGCAGCAGCAGCAGCAGCAGCCGCAGCUGGGAGCAACCGCCCAGUCAUGGCGAGCAUUUGCAUCACCAUCGAAACCACCGGGAAGCGCUGCAGGAGCAAGACCAAGGAGGCCAAAGCCUUGGCUGUCCCGUUUCAGCCAUGCUCUCCGCGACAGAGCUCCAGCAAGGCGUCUUCAUCGACCAGGACGGACUCUACCGCUUGCGUCGAGCGCAACCAGCGCAGAUUGAAGGUCGCUUCUACGUCAACGGGCGGAAUGUCUCAAGCGGAGAGUACUGGGAAACCAUGAAAGAAGCCCAUCCGUACAAAGCGCAAUUGGAUGUCGAUUCGAGCUGGGCUGUUUUGCACACCAACAUUUGUCGGCUGUUGAUGGAGCAUCCAGACACAAUCCCAUCGCGAAGGUUUGAGCUGGGCUACAUGGAAAACUAUCAAUUGCUGUACAACCUGAAGAACCGUGACCUGUUGCAGGACAUACUUGAUCGCCUCCGCACGCUGCUUCACAGUCACUCGCUGCACAUGCGCGAUCUCGUGUUGAACGGGAGUCCCGCUGCAUUUGACGUGCUGCAGCGGUUUUCGCUCGCGUAUCGCCAGUACAAGCGGGCAUUGUCAUCGUUGGUGCCACUGUUGAGAUCUAUGGCGGCACAUCGGAACGGGCCCUUGUCUGAAUCCAACCUUCUGAUGAUCUUUGCGCAAGCAGUCGUCGAUCAAACUCUCAUCCAUUUCAUCUUCCAAGCAUUGCAAGUAGGCUCACAGGGCAGCGAGACUGGCGUUCCUGUGGGACAGUUUGAGCUCUUGUCGCUUGGGUGGCUUGCACGAGUGAUGGCGCGUUUGUCUGAUGCCGCUCAUUCCCCGAUUCCAGAGUGCUGGCAUGAGCUUGCACACACCCUAUCGGUCACCUUUGGCACCAUUACAAGCCAACUUCUCCAAACAUGCACCCCGGGCUGUGACGAUUGGCCUCAAGAGCUGGAUUUCGCACCGUUUUUCACCUACGCGCCCUCGGUUGAGGAUCCACCAGCUCCGGCUGGUGUUCACCCAGCAGCAUCAGGCACAAGCCUGCCAUCGAUCCAUGGUGAACUGACCGACCUGACGCCAGAGCACCAAGAGGCUGCGCUUGUGCGCUCGCUGAGCGAACACGCUGCAGCUCAGCACUCGAUUCGGGAAAUUUCACACAUGCCUGCUCCUCCGCCUCCUGCAAGACGCCAUAUGAGUGCCCCGCAACAGCUUCAGGAACAUGGUGAGGGGACGAUUGGUCAGAAUGCCCUCUUUUGGACGAUUGCAGCGGAACCGGUGGACGCAAGUCGAACCGAAAUGCCGCUCGGCGUCUUGUUUGCGCAAGCCGAGCAAGAGUACCGAAGCCAACGUUCAGCGGGGCUGGUGCACCUUGUGCAGCCGCUCCACGUCAAUGUCGUGCGCACGUCCAUGAGCCCCUUCAAGCGGGCAGGAGACGACAUGGGCCAGAUCGAUUUGCAGCAAGCCAAAGUCAUGCGCUCCUCCGAAACAUCUCCAAGUCACUAG